CAUAAACCCUCCCCUCAUUAUCCGUCCUGGCAGACAUCAUAUCAUGCUUCAAAAGCCUGCAGUGAUCCACAUCCAGACCAUAUCCAAUCUUUUCCGAAUUAAGGGUUGGAUUUACAAAUGUUUGUCAUAAUAGUUUUUGGAGGACCAAUGCCUGUCUGUCCCUUUAAACCAACUGUCAGCUGUAUCCUUUCAUUUGUUCAAUGAUCAAAGAUGUCCAACCAGGGGGAGGGGGGGUCUAGGCAGGUUCAAACAUCCUCUAUGAUGUUCCCAAAGGAUCCCCUUUAUAAAGCUGUUUUCCUCCUGACUUCCUGCUCUUCUCAUCGUGAUCAGUGAAGAACAUCCCUUGCUGCCCAGCAUCACUAUGUCUUUUGUAGAAGAACACGGAGGCCAUCAGUACGAUGAAGAGGAGGAUCAAGGAGAGGGAGAACGACCCAGAUGCAGGCCUGUGGUCACACAGCUUGCAGCACCAAAGAUCCCUGAAGGGGAGAGGGUUGAUUUUGACGACAUUCACAGAAAAAGGAUGGAGAAGGAUCUCCUGGAGCUACAGACCCUGAUUGAUGUUCACUUUGAGCAGAGGAAGAAGGAAGAAGAGGAGCUGAUUGGACUCAAAGACAGAAUUGAGAGAAGGAGAGCAGAGAGAGCCGAGCAGCAGCGUGUCAGGGCUGAAAAAGAGCGGGACAGACAGACCCGGAUUGCAGAAGAAAGACAGAGGAAAGAGGACGAGGAAGCAAAGAAAAGGGCAGAUGAUGAGGCCAAGAAGAAGAAGGUCCUCUCCAACAUGGGGGCUCAUUUUGGAGGUUUCCUUGCAAAGGAAGAACAAAGAAGAGGCAAGAGACAAACGGCAAGGGAGAUCAAGAAAAAGACUUUGGCAGAAAGACGCAAGCCACUGGGUACUGAGAACCUGAAGGAGGACGGUCUGAGGGAGAGAGCCAAGGAAAUGUGGGAACGGAUCUAUCAGCUGGAGUCAGAGAAGUUUGACCUGACUGAAAAGAUGAAGAGGCAGAAAUAUGAGAUCACUGUCCUUCUGAACAGAAUCCAACAUGCUCAGAAGUUCAAAAAGGGCCACGGGAAGGGAAAAGUUGGAGGGCGUUGGAAGUAAGACUUCCCGCAAACCAGUACUGGGGAGAUAUAACUCAUCUUCAGGAUAUACCUGCAGUAAUUUUGUCAUAUUCAUAUCUUCAACAGAGAAGUGCUAGUUUUCCUAUAGUGUUUCCAUCUAAAAUCACUUAUUUAAAUGCAUGGCUUAGUAAAAUAAACUUCUUUGCACAGGAAUA